AUGGACUCACAGCGUUCUUCCCCGGAGAGGAGCGAUGAUGGGGACGGCCUCGAGCAGACGAAAUCUGAGGACGCAGCUUUUGCGCCGAUUGUAGCGCCGACGGAUUUCGACGAGCAUGGUAUGCCGGUGCAGAAGGAGCGAACGAAUCUGUCACGGACGCGCUCGCUGGAGCGCAGCUGGUCUUUGAAUGAUGGUGUUAGCCCGGCGAGGGAUGAGUAUGAGGCGGAGGAGGUGGUUGAGGCGGGGCAGCCGGACGAGGACGAUGAGUACACCGUGGGCUGGGAUGAGAAUGAUGCUAUGAACCCGCGCACGAUGAGCAAGGCGAGGAGGUGGUUGAUUACGUUGAUUGUUUCGAUGGGAUCGUUUUGUGUGACUUGUACCUCGUCCAUGUAUACCACGACGUAUGGCCAGUUGAUGAGCGAGUUCGGCUGCUCGCAGGAGGUAGCGACGCUGGGAUUGUCUUUCUUCAUCUGGGGUCUAGGAAUCGGACCACUCUUCCUCAGUCCGCUUUCAGAGUUCUACGGUCGGCGAAACAUCUACAUUGUAUCUUUCUCGCUGUUCCUGAUUUGGCUCAUUCCUUGCGCCGUGGCGAAGAACACCGAGACUAUGCUCGUGAGCCGAUUCUUCAAUGGCCUAGCUGGAAGUGCAUUCUUGAGCGUUGCCGGUGGCACCGUCGGCGAUAUGUUUAAUCGACACGAGCUCGCCUUACCCAUGAUGCUUUAUACAGCGAGUCCGUUUAUUGGCCCCGAAAUCGGUCCUCUUGUCGGUGGCUUCAUCAACUAUUACACUAGCUGGCGCUGGACCUUCUAUGUUCUCCUGAUCUGGACCGGUGUCCAGUUGGGCUUCAUAAUCUUCUUUGUUCCAGAAACCUAUCACCCUGUGCUUCUGCGGCGCAAGGCGCAGAGACUCCGUAGGGAGACCGGAGACGACCGAUGGAGAGCGCCGAUCGAGAAAAUGCAGCGAUCGGUAGCGCAAACGGUCCUGAGAUCGAUGCACCGCCCCCUGGUGCUCCUAACCAUGGAGCCGAUGUGCUUGAAUCUCUGUGUGUUUUCCGCGAUCCUGUUGGGUAUCCUGUACCUUUUCUUCGGCGCCUUCCAAUUGGUCUUCAACGAGGUGUAUGGCUUCAACCAGUGGCAGCGGGGUCUCUGCUUCAUGGGUCUUUUCGUCGGCAUGGUGCUUGCGAUUAUGUCAGAUCCCAUCUGGCGUCGCAAUUAUAUGCGCCUGGAACGCAAUUUCCUGAAGGCGACGAACAGUACCAAUGAGUUCCAGCCUGAAUGGCGGCUACCUCCUGCAAUAUUGGGCGGUCCUCUGGUCACUAUCGGCCUCUUCAUCUUCGCCUGGACCACCUACCCCGAUGUGCACUGGAUCGCGCCCGUUAUUGGCAGCGCCCUAUUUGGCGCAGGGACCGUCCUGGUCUUCUCAGGCGUCUUUACGUUCCUGGUUGACGCCUAUCCCGACUUUGCGGCGAGCGCGCUGGCAGCGAACAGCUUCAUGCGGUCAAGCUUUGGAGGGAUAUUUCCCCUGUUUGGGAUUCAGAUGUAUAACAACCUUGGAUUCCACUGGGCGACGUCGCUGCUCGCCUUUCUCACCCUUGUCAUGACUCCCUUCCCGUAUAUUUUCUUCCGAUAUGGCGCUCAAAUUCGCAAGAAGAGUCGCUUCGCAAGGUCGCAGAUGUGA